UUUGUCUCCACAGCAAACAUCUUGACAGUCAUCAUCCUUUCCCAGCUUGUGGCUCGCAGGCAGAAGUCCUCCUACAACUACCUUCUAGCUCUAGCUGCUGCUGACAUCCUGGUUCUCUUCUUCAUUGUCUUUGUUGACUUCCUCAUGGAAGACUUCAUCUUAAAUAAACAGAUGCCUCAGGUACUGGACAAAAUAAUUGAGGUCUUGGAAUUUUCUUCCAUCCACACCUCCAUUUGGAUUACGGUUCCACUCACAAUUGAUAGGUAUAUAGCUGUGUGCCAUCCACUGAAGUAUCACACAGUCUCCUACCCUGCUCGUACUCGGAAAGUUAUUGUAACUGUCUAUAUCACCUGCUUUUUGACGAGCAUCCCCUACUACUGGUGGCCCAACAUCUGGAUUGAAGACUACAUAAGCACAUCAAUGCAUCACGUCCUCAUCUGGAUCCACUGCUUUACUGUUUACUUAGUGCCCUGCUCCAUCUUCUUCAUCCUGAAUUCCAUCAUUGUGUACAAGCUGCGCCGAAAGAGCAAUUUCCGACUGCGAGGGUACUCCACAGGGAAAACAACAGCCAUUUUGUUUACUAUAACUUCUAUUUUUGCCAUACUCUGGGCACCAAGAAUAAUCAUGAUACUGUAUCACCUCUACGUAUCGCCUAUAGACAACAGCUGGGUGGUACAUAUUGUGUCGGACAUCGCCAAUAUGCUAGCCCUGCUUAACACUGCAAUUAAUUUCUUCCUCUACUGUUUUAUUAGCAAAAGAUUCCGCACAAUGGCAGCUGCAACGCUGAAAGCCUUCUUUAAGUGUCAGAAGCAACCUGUGCAAUUCUAUACAAACCAUAACUUUUCCAUAACAAGCAGCCCUUGGAUUUCCCCGGCCAACUCUCACUGCAUCAAAAUGCUUGUUUACCAGUAUGAUAAGAAUGGAAAGCCUAUAAAAAUAUCACCAUGA